GACGACUUCUGGAUACUCAUUUGCCAGUUAAAACUUUACUAGAUUAAGAACUAACAUUUUCUAUUUUUAAUACACAAAUUGUGAUAUUAAUUUAAGAGUAAUUUAUAAAUAAUUGUUAUUACUAGUUGUAAAUUCAUAAAUUGUAACGAACACAAAGCAUAUUAUAUGUCUUCACCAUGGUGUAAAGUUCAAAACUUUCAAAGCAUUAACUUCGCUGAGAUCAUGUCUGAAGAAUAUGCACGUGAAAGGCAAAAUAAAAAAUUCAAGAAAAACGAACUUGGUCCACUAAAGAAUUUAACGAAAAUUGAUGAAGAACAAACACAGCCCAAUGAAGACCAAGAUUCCGUUUUUCUUGAUAAUAACAUGGUUGACGAUGACGAAGAUCACUAUGAAGACGACGAAGAACUAAACUGGGAUCGUUAUGAGACAAACGAAAAGUUGGGUGAAACACUUCCAAAGCGAGGUUUUAAGUUUGCCAAACCAAAUUAUAUCCAUUGGAGGCCUUACCCAAACGAGAAGAUUAAGGCAUCUGACGAGGAGGAAGAUAAUGAGGAAAACCAAGUUACUCUUGAAAUGGGAUUCGAUCCAUCGACUCGUUUGAUACUCCACAAAUUGAUCAAUAACCAAAUUGUCAGUCAAAUCAAUGGAGUCGUGUCCUGUGGCAAGGGAGCAGUAGUUCUUCAUGGUUCUCGUCACCCAAAUAUCGUCGGAGAUUUGUCACUUCCCAGUCCCAAAGAAUGCGCCAUUAAAAUCUUCAAAACCUCUUUAAUUGAAUUCAAACUACAUAACCGUUAUAUCAAAGAUGACUACCUUUGUAAGGACCGGAAACAAGAUAACCGACCCAUAUUAGAAUUAUGGGCGGAGAAAGAGAUGGACAAUUUGUUGAGAAUGCGUCAUGCAGGCAUCAAUUGUCCCGAUGUUAUCGUCCUCAAGAAGCAUGUUUUAGUCAUGUCGUUUUUUGGAAAACGCCAAAUGUCAGCUCCAAAACUCAGACACGCUCUUCUCUCUGACGACGAAUUAAGUAUUGCCUAUAAGGAGAUUGUCGAAAUGAUGCACAAGCUAUACAAUGUGGCCAAAUUGGUUCAUGCUGACUUGUCUGCCUACAAUAUUCUCUGGCAUGAUUACAAAUGUUGGUUCAUUGAUGUGGCUCAAUCUGUUGAGCUUGAUCAUCCUAACGCACUGAAAUUGCUUUUGCGUGAUUGUGGCAAAAUUGUAUCUUUCUUUAAACAACGCGGACUACCAAAUGUUGAUACAAAAGAAAAACUCUUUGAGCAUAUUACCUCAUUGAAUGCUACCACGUUUGAUCCCCUUGGAACAUCUUUCAAAGAAGCCACUGCUCUAAAAUUAGAAGAAGUUCCAUGUGAACUUAAACCUCGGUCAAAUGUAGAGCCGAAAGUAGAAUCUUCUAACGAAGUAACAGAUACCCUGAGUUUACUCAGUAUUAAGGACGGUGGAGACUAAAUUUGAGUUGAACCAGCCUAUAUGACCCUAUCAAACGUUAAAUUAAGCCUUUAACUAAGGAUCUGUUUGGACCCAACCGUCGACAACUACACCAUCGAUCAAAUAUUCACACUGCAACUAGAGGACUGCGCUGUCAUGUAGCUUCUUCAAUUUUUCUUGAGAAGAUAGUGCGAAACAUUCAGGCCAGGACACAACUGUCACUAACAAUAACGAACGAACAUCGUUUCACCUAAGUAAGGGUAAGGGAAGUACUGAAAUAUUGGAGAAAUCGUGACUCGAAACUCGACAUCGAUCUGGUUGAAAUAGGAUAUUGAAUAGGAAAUGUAUUCCUAAUGCAAC